UUUCCAUCCCGCUUCCUAUUACUGAUUGAAGCUGUAUUCAUCUUGAAAAGGAUCAAAAUGGCCCUUCCUAACUUGCGUUCCAUUUUUGCCUCAUCCCGGACACCCGAGGAAGAACGGGCCACCUCCAGAAUCACAUUCUACAAGUUCACUGCUUUCGUGGGCGCCUGCUUGGUCAUAUCUCUUUUGGCAUCCAAGAACUCUGGUCGCGUGGGAGACUUGGGGAAAGGGGCAAGGGGUGUCGCGGGAAUGGUGGCAGGUGCGGGGGGGAAGAUGAAAGUGGAACAUGACAUCUCAAACGCUCUGAUGUAUCAGAAAGGCCUCAAUGGAAGAAGGUCAACCGAUGGAUCUGCACCCAUGAUCCUCUGUGGAAAGACAAGUCUUGAUAUUGUUGGUAGAGCGUCUCUGAGGUCACCCAUCUACUCACAAGUCGAAAGACCACUGGAUGUAGCAUAA